CUUCAGCUCAUCUGAAGCUGGAGGACGCAUGAAGGAACAUGGACGCCCUGGCUCUGCUUUUAUUCUCACUCAUACUGAGACCCAGCUACACCACUUCUGUCUCCACCAUCUUAUAUUCCUCCACACAUGAACCACUGGGACCAUCCAGCACUGUCUACCCUAUCACAAGUUCCGCCAUCACUGUCACUAAUGAUCGAUUUUCAGGAAAAACCCACCGGACCUCCAGACAAGUCACCUCAGAGCUCCACAGUUCAACAAUUAACGAAGCUUUAACGUCUGUGAACGACGUCUCCAAACUUCGAACCAGGAGGUCUGUAACUGCAGACUUCAGUCCUGAUGUUUCAGCUUCAACAUCUGUGAACGACAUCUCCAAACAUCGAACCAGGAGGUCUGUAACUGCAGACUUCAGUACUGAUGUUUCAGCUUCAACGUCUGUGAACGACGUCUCCAAACUUCGAACCAGGAGGAGGUCUGUAACUGCAGACUUCAGUCCUGAUGUUUCAGCUUCAACGUCUGUGAACGACGUCUCCAAACUUCGAACCAGGAGGUCUGUAACUGCAGACUUCAGUCCUGAUGUUUCAGCUUCAACGUCUGUGAACGACGUUUCCAAACUUCAAACCAGGUCUGUAACUGCAGACUUCAGUCCUGAUGUUUCAGCUUCAACGUUUGUGAACGACGUCUCCAAACUUCGAACCAGGAGUUCUGUAACUGCAGACUUCAGUCCUGAUGUUUCAGCUUCAACGUCUGUGAAUGACGUCUCCAAACUUCGAACCAGGUCUGUAACUGCAGACUUCAGUCCUGAUGGUUCAGCUUCAACGUCUGUGAACAACGUCUCCAAACUUCGAACCAGGUCUGUAACUGCAGACUUCAGUCCUGAUGUUUCAGCUUCAACGUCUGUGAACGACGUCUCCAAACUUCGAACCAGGAGGUCUGUAACUGCAGACUUCAGUCCUGAUGUUUCAGCUUCAACGUCUGUGAACGACGUCUCCAAACUUCGAACCAGGAGGUCUGUAACUGCAGACUUCAGUCCUGAUGUUUCAGCUUCAGUCACAGAGCUGACGGGUCUAAACAGCAGCAACAUAUUCUCCUCAAGUCCGGUUGCGUUCACGAAUUACCUAUCCAGAGACGAAUCAGAGACUUCUUCGGUUAGAAAUGUUUUUCAGCUUGGGACUGAAGCCGAGGCUACAUCAAAGCACCAAGAGCUUUCCACCGCGUCCACCAUCUCUGUUAGAAAUUAUCCUGACUCUGAAACAGUAGUUGUGAAUCUGGUUUCCUCCACAGUUUCCUUCUCAGACACAAACAUUACGGAUCUUCUGGGCUCCUCCAAUGUCACCUCCGAUGUUACUGUUGGUUCACCUUCUGUUUCUGACACAGAUACAACUUAUACAACACAUUCAUCUCCUGACAAGAACCUUCCAUCUGCAUCCACCGCCUCUAAGCCUCCUCCUACAACUGCUUACCUACCUUCAGCCGCAGGUACAACGUCCAAUAUGGAGACACAUCCAACAUCGAACCCUCAAACCCUGCCAACGACCAUUUCCCAAACUUUACCUGUAGUUACCCCACGGCUGAAAAUCUCAGUGAGCACAAUGACUGGAAGACCUCAACGGAUGUCUCUAGGAAGGAUUGCCACCUCAACUCCAACAGUGCCACCUACGGAUCGAACAAACCCACCUGUAACCACAACCAUACCCACUCCCACAUCAAUAACCACAACCAUACCCACUACCACACCUGGAACCACAACCAUACCCACUACCACACCUGUAACCACAACCAUACCCACUACCACACCUGGAUCCACAACCAUACCCACUACCACACCUGGAACCACAACCAAACCCACUACCCAAACCAAACCCAUUACCCCAUCUGGAACCACAACCAUGCCCACUACCCCACCUGGAACCACAACCAAACCCACUACCACACCUGUAACCACAACCAUACCCACUACCACACCUGCAUCCACAACCAUACCCACUACCACACCUGGAACCACAACCAAACCCACUAUCCAAACCAAACCCAUUACCCCACCUGGAACCACAACCAUGCCCACUACCGCACCUGGAACCACAACCAAACCCACUAUCCCAACCAAACCCAUUACCCCACCUGGAACCACAACCAAACCCACUACCACACCUAUAACCACAACCAAACCCACUACCACACCUGUAACCACAACCAAACCCACUACCACACCUGUAACCACAACCAUGCCCACUACCACACCUGUAACCACAACCAUACCCACUCCCACACCUAUAACCACAACCAUACCCACUACCACACCUGGAACCACAACCAUACCCACUACCACACCUGUAACCACAACCAUACCCACUACCACACCUGGAUCCACAACCAUACCCACUACCACACCUGGAACCACAACCAAACCCACUAUCCAAACCAAACCCAUUACCCCACCUGGAACCACAACCAUGCCCACUACCGCACCUGGAACCACAACCAAACCCACUACCACACCUGUAACCACAACCAUACCCACUACCACACCUGCAUCCACAACCAUACCCACUACCACACCUGGAACCACAACCAAACCCACUAUCCAAACCAAACCCACUACCGGACCUGGAACCACAACCAAACCCACUAUCCCAACCAAACCCAUUACCCCACCUGGAACCACAACCAAACCCACUAUCCCAACCAAACCCAUUACCCCACCUGGAACCACAACCAAACCCACUACCACACCUGUAACCACAACCAAACCCACUACCACACCUUUAACCACAACCAAACCCACUACCACACCUGUAACCACAACCAUGCCCACUACCACACCUGUAACCACAACCAUGCCCACUACCACACCUGGAACCACAACCAUACCCACUACCACACCUGUAACCACAACCAUGCCCACUACCAUACCUGUAACCACUACCAUGCCCACUACCACACCUGUAACCACAACCAUGCCCACUACCACACCUGGAACCACAACCAUGCCCACUACCACACCUGGAACCACAACCAUGCCCACUACCACACCUGGAACCACAACUACUUCCACUGCAAACACUAAAACUGCAGCCACAACAACCACAGCCAUAACAACGACCAUCAAAAGCAAAGCUCCCACCACCACCAGUACAACACCUGCAGCUCCAACUACAACCAGAGCAACCACAGCUCAAACCACCACUCCAGGAUCAACCACUACUACACCUUUUGAUGCUAAAGGUCGUCAGAGAAAGUUGGAGCCGGGCAGCAGGAAGGAAGGCAGCAGGGCGGGGGCCGGCCUCUGCUCACAGUGCAGGGAGAGUUUGUCUGUUUAA